AUGCCACCGCCCAACACCACCGCCCCGGCCUCCCCAGGCAUCGGCGCAGACCUUACCGACGAAAAGGCCGAAGCGCAGCGCAUCGAAAACUACAUUCCCCCGGGGUACACGACGCCGCGCGACAUCCAAGACCGCUUCCCCACGCUGCGGGACCUCUCGGACGACGAAAUGGCCGCGCUCAACGACCGCGUGCUGCGGCGCAUCGACUGGCACAUGCUGCCCUGCGUCUCGUUCAUGUACCUCUUGAACUACCUCGACCGCAUCAACGUGUCCAACGCGCGCCUCGCCGGCCUGCAAAAGGACCUCGGCAUGAGCGACACCGUCUGGAGCCUGGGCAUCUCCAUGUUCUACGUGGGCUAUGUGAUUGGCAUGAUCCCCGGGAACAUGCUCAUGGCCAGGUCGAAUCCGAGGUACUUUAUGCCGGCGGUGAUGCUGCUGUGGAGUAUCGGCACCGUGUGCAUGCCCGCGAUGAAGAGCGGUGCCGGCUUUGCGGUCGCGAGGUUCUUCAUCGGCCUGACUGAAGCACCCUUCUUUCCAUCCCUCACUUUGCUCACCUCCUCCUGGUACACUAAGGAAGAGUCCCCCAUGCGCAUGGCCAUCUGGCACGCCGGCAACACAAUCUCUAACAUCAUAUCCUCUUUCCUCGCGGCCGGCAUCCUCGAGCACAUGAACCACGUCGCGGGCCUGCGCUCCUGGCAGUGGUUCUUCGUCAUCGAGGGCGUCGCGUCGGUGCUCGUCGCCGUGGCUUCCUACUUUUCGCUGCCCGAGUGGCCGUCCAACACGCGGUUUCUAAACGAGCAGGAGCGCGAGAUGGCGCAGUACCGCGUCCUCGUGUCCAAUGGCGGCAUCGAUGAGGAGCAGGGCGGCAUCUGGACGGGCGUCUGGGCCGCCGUCAAGGACCCGUAUACGUGGCUGUUUACGCUCAUGCACUUUGCGCUCGUCACGGCGCAGAGCUUCAAGGACUUUUUGCCCUCGAUCAUCGAGACAUUCGGCUACAGCAAACUCAUCACGUACCUCAUUCAAGCGCCCCCCUACGCCAUCGCCUACGCCUUCGCCUGUCUCGUCGCCCUAUCCUGCGGCCGCCGCCAGGAAUCCACCUGGCACAUCACCAUCCCCAUCGUGUUCGCCGCCGCGGGCGCCUCCAUGAUGAUGGGCACGCUCAACGUCGGCGCGCGCUACUUCGGCCUCGUGCUGCUCAUCAGCGGCACCUACAGCGGGCUCAACCUGCAGCUCUCGUGGGAGACGACCGUGGUGCCGGCGCCGCGCGCGAAAAAGGCCGCGCUCAUCGCCAUCGCAGACAGCAUCAGCCAGACGAGCCACUGGUUCAGCCCCUACUUUUACCCCAAGAAGCAGGCGCCGUACUAUCGCAUGGGUGGCGGGCUGGUCAUCAUGGGGUGUGCGCUCGUGGUGGUUUGCUGCUUCGCUGUGAGGUGGAGGUCGGUGAGGCUCAACAGGAAGCUCGACGAGAGGGAAGGAUUGAGGCCGGGCUCGGAAGAAGAAAGGGGGUGGAGAUAUCGCUAUUAG